GAUUGGUAGCCGACUAUAAAAUGGGCGUGGUCGGAGGCGUAGGCGCGAGUUCUUCUGGGUUACCGUAUAUCUUCAUCACUUCCGGAACGCACCGUAAUCAUCUGUAACGGAGCGACAGAGUGCGGCGCUCUACCGGAUUACACGGUACAGCCGCAAGGUUAAGACAAGUCCACUAUGAUGGAAACCUCGGCUGUUUUGUUGGAGUCAAAAUCGUUGCCUGUCCACCUUAUGAAUGAAAUGCACCAACUUCGUCUCCAUGGCCACUUGUGUGAUGUGACGGUAAUAAUAGAACAUCAGGGGCUCAGAGUAGAGUUCACCGCUCACAAAUCUGUCCUCGCUGCCUCCAGCAAGUACUUCAAGGAAGUAUUUAUGAAUAAUACUGCUACGGGAGGCGCCAUUGUGUUGAAUGAAAUAACACCUAAUGACUUCUCCUCAUUCCUGGAGUUUGUGUACACAGCGAGGGUAGAGUUGUUUGAAGACCAAAUCCAACGCAUGAUAGAUAUUGCAGACAGAUUGCAAUGCAUUGACCUUACAGAAACUUGCAUGCAACAUAAAAAGCAGCUGGAGGACACUGUAUGGUUGGACUUGCAAAAUAUUGUUGAAUCCCAGGAGACAGAGGAGGAUAUGCAAGAACUGGAAAAUUCUGUCCAGGAGAUGGACACCAAGAACGAGGUUCCAGAAACUAGUAAUGUCCCCAACUUCCCGAAUUCGUCCGAAGGAAAUAGUGAAAGUGACUUGUGUCCAGAUUUAACCACAGCUGAAGAAAAUCACAAUGAAAUAGAAAAAGAUCCCUCAAAACUUCCAAACCCUAAAUCUAGAAGAUCCAGUGGCCGCUUAUCCAGCAAAAAAGCUGUUGUUGAAAUUCCUAAAAAAAAGUAUACGCGUCGUCUGCGGGAGCAGCAAGAUAGUGAAGAAGUCAGCUCCUUGUUGAACGGCAUAGCAAAUGAAGGCGGCUUGUGCAAUGAAGAACCUACGGACGAGCAGACUGACUCUAGUAUAAAAGCAGAAGAUGAUGAAGACAGUCCUGGUGAACUGGAGGAGAGCGAUAAAAAGUCUAGUGAAGAAAGCAACACAACUGCGGAAGGUUUUAUGUGCCGCAUCUGUGGGGAAAACUUUAAAGAAGAAAAAAGUUACUUGAAACACUCCAAGCAGAAUCAUGGCGCUUCUGAAGAGGUUUAUCUCUGUGAGAUUUGCAGCCAGACUUUUGCGAAUCGGUGCAAUUUGAAAAGCCACCAGCGUCACGUGCACAGCAAUGAUCGGCAAUUCCCUUGUGAACUUUGUGGAAAAAAGUUUAAGAGGAAGAAAGACAUCAAGAGGCACAUUUUACAGGUCCAUGAAGGUGGAGGACAAAGACAUUUCUGUAAACUGUGCGGGAAGGGGUUAAGCUCGAAGACUGCCUUGAGGCUCCAUGAGAGAACGCAUACUGGGGAUAAACCCUUUGAAUGCACCCAGUGCGAUGCUAAGUUUUCCCAGACGUCUGCACUUAAAACACAUAUGAGAAUUCAUACUGGAGAGAAACCCUUUGUCUGUGAAGAGUGCGGAGCUAAGUUCACCCAGAAUCACAUGCUCAUUUAUCAUAAAAGGUGUCACACAGGAGAGAGACCUUUCAUGUGUGAGACCUGUGGGAAGAGUUUUGCCUCCAAGGAAUAUCUGAAGCAUCAUAACCGCAUACAUACCGGAGCCAAGCCAUUUAGAUGUGAUAUCUGCUUCAGGUCAUUCGCGCAGAGGAAUUCUCUUUACCAGCAUAAUAAAGUUCACACUGGAGAACGUCCAUAUGGUUGUAACCAAUGUGGAAAGCAGUUCACUCAGCUGAACGCACUGCAGCGGCACAACCGGAUCCACACGGGAGAGAAACCAUUCAUGUGCAUUGCAUGUCAGCGGACCUUCACUGACAAAUCCACCCUCCGUAGACACACUUCAAUACAUGAUAAAAAUACACCUUGGAAAUCAUUUCUGGUUGUUCUGGAUCCAAAAGCAGAAGAAGAAGGCCAGAAAUCGGACACCCCUGGAGAUGAGGGGGAAGAGUCACCCAAACCCGCAGAAAAGAUGGCUUACACAGAAAACGGUCACUACCAGAACUUGACCGUGGUGCCAGGAACUGUGGAUUUAUUGCAAGAAAACAACACUACCUCUAUUCUAGGCUGUAAGACUGACUGCGCCAUAAUACCUCAAGAAGUGUACAUAGCCACGACACUUAACCACCUGACUGUCCUCCAUACACAGACUGAAUCCAUUCAGGCAAUAGUCAACAUGGAGUAGUCCAGACAGAAAUGCUGCAAGUAAAUAGGGACAUGGUGACAGUGACAUGGCUAGGACAAUGCUUCCAGUACCUCGGUUUGUAAGAAACUAUUAAUUAUUUGGCAUACCAAGGGAAUGGCCCAUUAUUUUUGUAUGCAGACUAUUUUAGUUGUUGUUAGUUCAUUUUCGUAAAUGACAUGUCCAUGAACAAUAAAUUUCCAUUCCAAACAA